AUGGCUCGGGUGUCUCCGUUGACUGUCUCUUCUCCUUAGACCCCGUGGUUGCGAAGCACUUAGGAUGGCUGUCCCGGAAACCCGCCCCAAUCACACCAUCUACAUCAACAACCUCAACGAGAAGAUCAAGAAGGAUGAGCUGAAGAAAUCUCUCUACGCCAUCUUCUCGCAGUUUGGCCAGAUCCUGGAUAUCCUGGUGUCUCGGAGUCUGAAGAUGAGGGGCCAAGCCUUCGUCAUCUUCAAGGAAAUCAGCAGUGCCACAAAUGCCUUAAGGUCUAUGCAGGGGUUCCCCUUCUACGACAAGCCCAUGAGGAUCCAGUACGCCAAGUCGGACUCGGACAUCAUAUCGAAAAUGAAAGGCACCUAUGUGGAGCGGGACCGCAAGCGGGAGAAGAGGAAGCCCAAAGGCCCGGAGACGCCCCCGGUCAAGAAGCAGAUGCCUGGCACGACCGCGCCGGUGUCAGCUGCGGUGCAAGGAGCUGUCCCUGGGAUGCCACAAAUGAACCAGGGCCCUCGCAUGAUGCACCACAUGGCAGGCCAGCCGCCAUAUAUGCCCCCUCCGGGCAUGAUCCCCCCACCUGGCAUGACUCCGGGGGGUAUGGCUCCUGGGGGAAUGGCCCCUCAGCAGAUGAUGCCAGGCCAGAUGCCGCCGACCCAGCAGCUCUCGGAGAACCCGCCCAACCACAUCCUCUUCCUCACCAGCCUGCCGGAGGAGACCAACGAGCUCAUGCUCUCCAUGCUCUUCAAUCAGUUCCCAGGCUUCAAGGAGGUGCGGCUGGUGCCUGGCCUCGAUAACGAGGUGCAGGCUGGCGCUGCCCGUGACGCCCUCCAGGGCUUCAAGAUCACGCAGAGCAACGCCAUGAAGAUUUCCUUCGCCAAGAAAUGAAGCCCCCCGGGGCCCAGGACUGCUCCCCUCACCCCCAGUUAGUCUGUUCUCAACCAGCCCCCCUUUUUAAACCAGUUCCCUGGCAGGUAAGUCUGGCCGCAGGGCUGGCCGGUUUUCCAGCCCAAACUCCUUCCUUCCCCAGAGCCCCUUGUGCACCGUUUGGCCUGGCUGCCCCGAGCGGGUAAGUGACUCCGGAG